CUGUGGCUAAGUGGGGAAAGCACGAAGCCUGGCCUGCUGGGUCCUUUUCCCGUCAUCCCCAGCCAGAUUUAGCUGCUGACAGCUGCUUGGGACUCUGCCGCCAGGGCCUGGCCCAGACCUGCCUGCCUCUCUCCUCUCCCUCAGUGACUCCUGUGCCACAGCCCCUCCAUGGCCCAGAAGGAAGAGGCUGCUGCGGCCACUGAGGCUGCUGCGGCCACUGAGGCUGCCUCCCAGAAUGGGGAGGAUCUGGAGAACCUGGACGACCCUGAGAAGCUGAAAGAGCUGAUUGAGCUGCCGCCCUUUGAGAUUGUCACAGGAGAACGGCUGCCUGCCAACUUCUUUAAAUUCCAGUUCCGGAAUGUGGAGUACAGUUCCGGGAGGAACAAGACCUUCCUCUGCUAUGUGGUUGAAGCACAGGGCAAGGGGGGCCAAGUGCAGGCAUCUCGGGGAUACCUAGAGGAUGAGCAUGCGGCUGCCCAUGCAGAGGAAGCUUUCUUCAACACCAUCCUGCCAGCCUUCGACCCAGCCCUGCGGUACAAUGUCACCUGGUAUGUGUCCUCCAGCCCCUGUGCAGCGUGUGCUGACCGCAUUAUCAAAACCCUUAGCAAGACCAAGAACCUGCGUCUGCUUAUUCUGGUGGGUCGACUCUUCAUGUGGGAGGAGCCGGAGAUCCAGGCUGCUCUGAAGAAGCUGAAGGAGGCUGGCUGUAAACUGCGCAUCAUGAAGCCCCAGGACUUCGAAUAUGUCUGGCAGAAUUUUGUGGAGCAAGAAGAGGGUGAAUCCAAGGCCUUUCAGCCCUGGGAGGACAUUCAGGAGAACUUCCUAUACUACGAGGAGAAGUUGGCAGACAUCCUGAAGUAGGGCAACUGGGCUUUGCCUCACGUAUUCCUGCUGCCACCAAGAGACAGCAAUGACAUGUACAGCCAUCUGGGACAUGCCUGUCUUCCUAAUACCAUUUGGAGCUGGACAACAUUUGACACCAACCAAUCAUACUGGACAAGGCCCUUAGAGGACUUGAAAUAUACUUCUCAUGCUGUAGUUUAUUUAGGCUGUGCCUCUCUCUCUAAUGCUGCUCUCGGGAAGGACGAAAGUGACCUGCAAGGAGAGAAAUGCAACCAUACAUGGGCUCCAGUCAACUAUGGGACUGAAGGUCCUAAUUGCUCACCCAAGGGGGCUGCUUAACACAAACAGCCUCAGACCCGAGGUUUAGAUUUCUGAAAUAUGCAUUUUAUGUUAAGUUGGGUAUUUUUUUAAAAAAAGAAAAACAGCAACAUUAAUAAAAGAAGUGGUGUGUUU